GACAGGCAUGUCUACCUACUAUAUAUUCAACAAAAACCCUAGUUGUUGUCUGCCUCCAAGAACUAACUCCAUUUUUAGUUUAGGGUUUUCUUCGAACAAGAUCUCAACCAUCAACCAUGCCUCCGAAGAAAACCGGAAAGGCCUCGGCACUCUCGAAGAAGAAGCCUGAGAAGGUUGUGAACCCAUUGUUUGAGAAGCGUCCCAAACAGUUCGGUAUUGGAGGUGCUUUGCCACCGAAGAGGGAUUUGCACAGAUUUGUCAAAUGGCCAAAGGCUGUUCAGCUUCAGAGGAAGAAGAGAAUCCUUAAGCAGCGGUUGAAGGUUCCACCUCAGUUGAACCAGUUCACCAAGACUUUGGACAAAAACCUUGCAACAAGUCUGUUCAAGUUGCUUCUCAAGUACAGACCCGAGGAUAAAGCUGAAAAGAAGGAACGUCUUGUGAAACGUGCUCAAGCUGAGGCUGAAGGAAAGACCGCCGAGACCAAGAAACCCAUUGUUGUGAAAUAUGGGCUCAACCACGUUACAUACCUUAUUGAGCAGAACAAGGCACAAUUGGUAGUGAUUGCUCAUGAUGUGGACCCAAUUGAAUUGGUUGUCUGGCUUCCUGCAUUGUGCAGAAAGAUGGAGAUCCCUUACUGCAUUGUGAAGGGGAAAUCCCGUUUGGGAUCGAUUGUGCAUCAGAAGACAGCAGCUGCAUUGUGUUUGACUACUGUGAAGAAUGAGGAUAAAAUGGAGUUCAGCAAAAUCCUUGAGGCUAUUAAGGCCAACUUCAAUGACAAAUUUGAUGAGUUCCGAAAGAAGUGGGGCGGUGGCAUCAUGGGCAGUAAAUCACAAGCAAAAACAAAAGCCAAGGAAAGAGUUUUGGCCAAGGAAGCCGCCCAGAGAAUGAAUUAAGACUGAGCCUUUUUUCUUUUUGUGAGUUAGUAGUUUUUCUCUUUUCUUUUUCUUGAAAAAGACCAUGGAGGAGCUGUUUCAAGGACUUAAGUUAUGGGCUGUUAUAGAAUAUGCUGAUAAUCUUUAUUUUUUCUUAUUUACCAUUUGUGGACGGAACCUUAGAGCUCUUUGCUUUUAAUUUAGAGUAUUAUCCAUAUGAAUUUUGGUUAAA